CCUCUUGGCUUUCUCUGGAGUUGGACACAAACUGGAAUAUAUUUCAGUAAGCGUGGGGAGUCGUACGACAGUGAGAGAAACUAGAGCUUUUUUCAGAUACUGUUGAGGCUUAGCCUCAUCAGGUUACAACAGCAGCGGUCAGACCUGCACUCGUCUCCUUGGGCUAGGAUUGAAGAGGCAGAGGUGUGCUGGAUGGCAGCCACAGCCAGGCCUCAUGGCAGGAGGUGCCCAUAACACACAGAACUCUAAUCACAUCCUCUAGGAGCCACAAAGGUGGUACAGUUCACGUGCAUACACUGAAAAGGUCGUGUGCCCAUGAGGUCGUCCAUGCUGGUCCUGUUCCUCUUCUUAAGUGCCCAGGCUGUGGCCGCAACCAGAGGGGACUUGUACACCACCACCACAGCGGCACAGGAAAACACUCCAAGUGACAACCCAGACUCUAUCCCGGUUGUUGAUCCCAAACUCUUCACCAAGCGCCACUACCUCUCACCCAGAGUGCUUUUUAGCUCUCAGCCCCCUGAUGCAGAGCCAUCGGGGUCACAGAGUGCUGGCAGAAGGACCCGAAGGCAAGCAGGGCAGCCUCAACACCGCGGGAUGUACUCAGUAUGUGAGAGUAUUAGUGUCUGGGUGGUCAACAAGACCAAAGCCACGGACACCUUAGGCAGAGAGGUGACAGUCCUCCCAGACGUGAAAAUCAACAAUGUCAACAUGAAGCAGUACUUCUUCGAGACGACAUGUCAUAGCCCUCGAUCAGGCAGCUCAGGCUGUUUAGGAAUUGAUGCGAGACACUGGAACUCCUACUGUACUAAUUCACACACUUUUGUGCGAGCGCUGACUUCAUUCCAGAACCUGGUGGCGUGGAGACACAUACGCAUUAACGUGGCCUGUGUGUGCGUGCUCAGCCGCAAGUCCUGGCGGCAAUGAAGACUUACGACACGCGCACACAGAUUCACAAAGCCAAAUGCAUUACAUACACAGACAAGCAAACAGGCAGGCAGAAGUGACUUUUUUUUUCACAUAAUUUAUCACCAAAAACUUCUCAACCUCUGCACAAAGUAAAUUAUUAGUAUAUGUCAAAGUAUCAAGACUGCAUGUAUGUACACCAGACCUGGGUCAAAGAGUAUCUGCAGCUGGUUUUGUGUUUUGGUUGUUUGCUUUGGGUUUUUUUUUUUUUUUUUUAACUGUUUGAAGUACCACGCUACAGGGGGUGUAGCUGUGCCGGUAUCUAUUUUAGCUGUGGUUUAUAUCAGACUCAGCUUAUGGAAAUUCAAUACGCAGCUACGUGCUCAGUUUGACAAGUGUGCGUGCUCUGGAUUUAUCAUAACUUUUAAGCAUUACACUGAAAAAUAUUCUAAAAUACAGACAGGAAAUAUUUUUAUGUACAUAUACACAUAUUGCAUACAUUCAUGGGUUAUGUUUGCUAUACUAAGUGCACAACUGUUUCCUCUGUGGCUCAUUCCAACCAUUUCCUCUCUGUUUUCAGCAUUGCUGUAUCUGAUGUUUCAAGCACAAACAUGUGCAUCUUUUAAAUGCCAAAGGCUUGGAAUUAAUUUGUUGGUGUAAAAAUUCUCCAGAUUAUAAAAUUAUAUUCUAUUAUACACUUCUUGUGUUUGGUGUAUCCAACCAGUAAUGUAAAAGUGGCAACGCCAUGCUCCAAAUGAGUGAAUUUAUUGAAUUUUUGUAGCAUCAUUUUCCAAGCGUUGCAUAGUCCCGAAAAAGUCAUCUCAUAAGCGCAUAAAUUUUCCAAAGGAGAAAACAGCGAGAAGGGAGGUCUGAUGUGCAUACUACCUGACUAUACACCUAAAUAGUCCACAAAAAUAAACUAAACAUGGAAACAAACUAAUUAAAACAUUAGGAAAAAGUAGUAGCUUAGUGUAAUAAAACAUGGCCUCAAUAGCAUUUCCCCCCUCUUACUCUAUGGAAACUUUUUAGCUCCAUACAUUUACAAAGGUAAAUAGGAGGCAUAAUAAAUAUUUAUCAUCCAGGAGCAACAAUCAAAUGCCAGGAUGCCAUAAUGACAGGAAAUGGAAACAAAGACCAAACCAAACUGCAGACGGGAGGUAAAUUUGCUGAUGCAGUGCAAUUCAAAUGGAGAACAUUAUAGUGUAUAAGAAAGCAUGAAAGAUUAAUUCUGGUUCAUUGCGUUAAGGCAGAGCAUACAGGUACAAGCGGAUGAUCUUUUGCUUUUAUACUUUCAAAUUAUCACUUAUACCACAUCUACAAAUACAGACCUAAAAUGCAGCAGAACCACAGCUAAAUGGCACCUUUACAUGAUGAAUGAUGAUUAUAAGAUCUGCUCCAAACAUCCAUAUGUCAUUCAGACUCUGAAAAUGGUAAUUAAGGAAACUGGUUUCAGCUGUCUGACUUUCCUUGAUUACUAACUGCUCAACAAAGAAUUUAGAAAUACCUCUAAAACAAUAUGCUGUGUGUGUCUGAUCAUUUGUAGUCUAGUAUCGCUUUUGAUAAAUACAAAUAUUGCUCAUAUAAUUCUCUUUUAUUUUGAUGCAGAUGAAAUUGCUAUCUUAGUGCUUAAGGCCUGAACUGAACUUGUAAUGCUGCAGUAGUUUAUAUAUAGCUGUUAUGAACAGAUCUCCCAACCCAAACUCCUCUAAUGUAACUGCGCUAUGACAUUAGUUUGACACUUGAAGAUAUUAAAAGUAGAAAUAUGUCCUUAUACGUUGAUUUUUUAUUAUGUUGGACAGCUAUUCGGUAAUUGCAGAAGGUUUCAUUCACUGCUGUUUAGUUAAUGCCUGCUGGGUUUAGACUAAAUCACAGGAACAUUUUAAAGCUGCAGCUUUUACAGACACAGACCUUGGGUUUAAAAGACCAUGUGAUUUGGUUCCAGAAAGCACAGGCUUAAACCUGCCUUAACCUUAAACUGCAGCUCAGCUUAUGACAGAGUAGCAGCCUCUAGGACUUUUGGCACAACAACACAGUCAAGCUUCUUUUCUGCCAGUCAUUAUACUGUCAUGCAGCCCAUUUACUGAAGAAGACUAAAUCAAUCCACAACUUUGCAAAUACAA